UGCGGGGUCCUUCCUCGCUCACCCUGGUUCCUCUCGGAGCGGAGACGGCAAAUGGCGGACUUCGAUACCUACGACGAUCGGGCCUACAGCAGCUUCGGCGGCGGCAGAGGGUCCCGCGGCAGUGCUGGUGGCCAUGGGUCCCGUAGCCAGAAGGAGCUGCCCACAGAGCCCCCCUACACGGCGUAUGUAGGAAAUCUACCUUUUAACACGGUGCAGGGUGACAUAGACGCUAUCUUUAAGGAUCUCAGCAUAAGGAGUGUACGGCUAGUCAGAGAUAAAGACACAGACAAGUUUAAAGGGUUCUGCUAUGUAGAAUUCGACGAGGUGGACUCCCUUAAGGAAGCCCUGACGUAUGACGGUGCCCUGUUGGGUGACCGGUCACUUCGCGUGGACAUUGCCGAAGGCAGAAAACAGGACAAAGGUGGCUUUGGAUUCAGGAGAGGUGGACCAGACGACAGAGGCUUCAGGGAUGACUUCCUAGGAGGCAGGGGGGGCAGCCGCCCCGGGGACCGGCGAGCAGGCCCCCCGAUGGGAAGUCGCUUCAGAGACGGCCCCCCACUGCGAGGCCCCAACAUGGACUUCAGAGAACCCACAGAAGAGGAAAGAGCACAGAGACCCCGGCUCCAGCUUAAACCUCGGACAGUCGCCACGCCCCUCAACCAAGUCGCCAAUCCCAACUCUGCUAUCUUCGGGGGAGCCAGGCCCAGAGAGGAAGUGGUCCACAAGGAGCAAGAAUGAGCUUGCGUGGGAGGGCCCGGGCGCGGCGCGGCGCCAGGAGGUGGCGGCGGCAGUGGCACGGCGGGCCCCGGCCCCGGCCCCACGGCCCUGCAGCUCCCUGCCCGCGUCCCGCACCCCACUCCCGGCCCCGGAAGCGUGGAGCUUGCGAAUGCAUGUCAGCUGUUGACAAGUGGUUUUAGUACAUUCUUGGCUUUGCUGUAGCUCCAUGCCUGCUCCAUGCCUUUUCUUUUCCUGCCGCCCCCCCCCGCCCUCCUCCUGACCCCCCCCCGCCCCCCGUUUUGCUUCCAACACUGGGCUUUCCGGGGCGGGCGUGGCCAGGCUCAGGUGCUCCCCCCUCUCGCGGCUCGCUCUCUUUCUUUUAGACACUGGCCGGCCUCCGGCAGUGCCUUUGAGCUCCUCAGUGCUUCUCCAGCCUGCAUGUCGAGUUCUGUGUUGCUGCGGCUAGCGAGGCAGCGGCUUGUCUGCUGGGCGCCGAUGCCCCACCCCACCCCCGCCGCGGGAAGGGUGAGGCUGGCGUGGGCUAUCGGGGAGCAGUCCGUGUCGACCACUGCACGCUCCCAGGGGCGCCAGUGCCGGUGCUGGCCAGCGCCCGGGAGGCCUGCACCAGCGCCCGUGUCCGCGCGUCCCUGCGUCCCUCCCCCGUGCUCCUGCAUGAGAGCAGAGAGAAGCCCGGGCCGCCCACCGCCCCGAGCACUUUAUUUCCCUCGGUGGAUUCAGAGAAAGUCUGCCAGGCCGAGCCGGCGAAGCUCCGCCGACCGGAGGGGACCGAGUUUUGGGGACACUGUGUGCCCGUGUGCAGCGUGGAGCGCGUCCCCCGGAGCAGGGCCAAGGCAGAGGCCCUGGAGCCGGCACACCUGGCCGUGAACACACGAGCCGUGCCCCAGCGCCCCGUCUCGCUCUGCUCCCGUGGGCGCGGACGGGGGUCCGCGGGCAGUGCGGCCCCGCUCCGGCCCCGGCUUCUCUCUGCCAUCGUUGCGAGGUCUCAGCAAUUUACAGAACUCCCUCCCUCCUCCUGCCACCCCCGCUUCCAGACGAGAGCCAUUUGUGUAACACCAAUACUUAACUUAAGACAGACAUGCAUUGCGUGGUUGUGAUCCGACCCGAUGCCUCACAUCCUCAAUGUGGAAACGAUAGACAAAGCCAAUUCCUCCAAACUCCCGGGCAGCGCGGCUGACUUGUAAUGUAAGAAUGGAAGUCCAGACACUCGCCACAUUCAGCUCUAGGACAGAAAGGAAAUCUAUGGAUAUGGUAUUUUGUGAAUGAUCUUUUAAAUAAAAGAAAACCUUACG